AACACACCACCCAAGCACUAGCAGACCAACGUGCAUCACACUGGCUUGACACUACGUGCUUAGUAGCUAGAUCGAGCAAGAUCCAUCGAUGGAGCUGCUUCCUCUGCUCACGGUGUUCCUCCUGGUGCACGCCGUGGCCAUCCUGGCCUGGACAGCCGCCGCGCGCCGCCGGCAAUCACGGUGCUACCUCCUGGACUAUGUCUGCCACAAGCCGUCCGGCGAGCGCAAGGUGUCCACGGAGAUAGCCGGGAACGUGAUCGAGCGCAACAAGCGACUCGGCCUCCCCGACUACCGCUUCCUCCUCCGCGUCAUCGUCCGCUCCGGCAUCGGCGAGGAGACCUACUGCCCGCGCAACAUCCUCGAGCACCGCGAGGACUCCCCGACCCACCAAGACGCGCUCGACGAGAUGGACGCCUUCUUCGACGAAGCCAUCGCCGAGCUCUUCGCCAAGAGCGGCUUCGGCCCCCAAGACGUCGACGUGCUCGUUUUCAACGUCUCCAUGUUAUCCCCGGCGCCGUCACUCGCCUCGAGGAUCGUGCGCCGCUACGGCAUGCGCAAGGACGUCGCGGCGUACAACCUCACCGGGAUGGGGUGCAGCGCCGGGCUGAUCUCGCUGGACCUCGCGCGGAAGGCGCUGAGGACGCGGCCGCGCGCGCUGGCGCUCGUGGUGUCGUCAGAAUCGAUCGCGCCCAACUGGUACUCCGGCACCGACAAGUCCAUGAUGCUGGCCAACUGCCUGUUCCGCUGCGGAGGCUCCGCAGUGCUGAUCACCAACGACCCGGCGCUCCGGGGGCGUGCCAAGAUGGAGCUCCGCUGCCUGGUGCGCGCCAACAUCGCCGCCAACGACGACGCGCACGCGUGCGCGCUGCAGCGCGAGGACGCGGAAGGCCGCGUCGGGAUCAGCCUCAGCAAGGCCCUCCCGAAGGCCGCCGUGCGCGCCUUCGCCGUCAAUCUGCGGACCCUGGCGCCGAGCAUCCUCCCCGUCGCCGAGCUCGCGCGGUUCGCCGCCCGCCUCAUCUCCAAGAGGCUCUUCCCACGCAUGCACGCCAGCAAGAAGACCGACGGCGCCCCCAAGAUCAACUUCAAGACCGGCGUCGACCACUUCUGCCUGCACCCCGGCGGCACGGCCGUGAUCGAGGCGGUGAAGCAGAACCUGGGCCUGGACGACGACGACGUGGAGCCGGCGCGGAUGACGCUGCACAGGUGGGGGAACACGUCGGCGAGCAGCCUGUGGUACGUGCUGUCGUACAUGGAGGCGAAAGGGAAGCUCAAGCAAGGGGACAGGGUGCUCAUGCUGACGUUCGGGUCGGGGUUCAAGUGCAACAGCUGCGUGUGGGAGGUGACGGGCGACAUGGCCGACAAGGGCGCGUGGGCCGACUGCAUCGACGCCUACCCGCCGGAGAGCCUGGCUAACCCGUACAUGGACAAGUUCGGCUGGAUCAACGACGUCGACGGCGACACCUUGGUGAUCUAAUUGCUACUUGGUAUACAUAUACCUGCAUGCUACUCAAAUUGGAAACACCGAAAUGGAAACGGUUACUCUAAAUUACACUUGUGCAGCACGUACUUAAGUAGUAGUGCACUUAGUUUCUGCAGAUUUUACAAUUAAAGAUGCGUGCGUGGUUUUCUUCUGAAGAUAUCUAUAGGUUGGAGUCAGCAGCACCAUGUUUAUGGGUAUGGGUUUGUUAUGUGAUGCGGUCCACCAUAUCACAAAUGUUUGGAAAAAGUGUAAUUUACCCCUGAAAUUCUAUUCUUU